AUGAUGGACAAUGUAUUUUCAUCCACAGAACCCGAUAACAAUUUUGCAUCGGAAAACACAUUCAGGGCAUCAUCAACGAAUUCAAUAACGAGCGAAACGUCAUAUGUAGGCGAUCCUGAAACGUUUCUUUCCUGUUCUACAGAUUCAUUAAACUAUCAACCAUCGACUAAUCGAACUCGAUCGAGACCUAGUCGUGUUCGCGAACGAGAACUCUCCUAUCCCUCCCUUUCACUUUAUCAUUCGCCAUCAUCUUCAUCACGGUUUCGUAAAACUCAUUAUUUAGAUGAUUCUGAUGAAGAAAUUAUUCAAGAAGAAGUUCUUGAAGUGACCAAUUUUAAUCGUUAUCCGACAUUGAUGGAACGUUGGGGUGAUGAUACGAAAACGAAGACUUGGCAAGAAGGUGAUUUGAAGAUCGAAGAAGUCGUUGAAUUCGAAGAAGUUGAACCAACUGUUACUGAAGAAAUCAUUUAUGAAUUAACGUAUGUGGGUGAAAAUCUUCUAUCGUGUCGACCAAUCAGUCGAUCUCGAUCGGAAUCGAGAAAUUUUCGAAAAAUUCGUAAGAAACGAAUCAAACUUUCUUCUGCUCUUCCUUGCACAUCAGUUAAAGUUGGUAAUAUCUCAUUCACAUAUCGAUCACCAUCAAUAGCGCCAUUAAUAAAAACCGAUUGUGUUAAUCCUUUACUUGUCAUACCAACAUAA